CCUGGCUGUUAUAUUAAGAUGUUCAUCACUUGCCUCGGACCCGUAGAUCCGCUAUCUCAAGUCUUUUUCCCCCUGUCCCGCCCCUGUGACUUUGCUUUGCUCGCCAAUCCUCGAUCGGCCUCUGCCACGCUUAUUCAGGGGCUCGAUCAAGAACAUCUAUAAUAAGAGGGCAGCCCAAUUCUUCCGCCAAGAAAUCUUCCACUCCACGUCCCCAACCCACACCAUCGUGACAAAACAUCGUCGACGGUUUUCGAGCCCGGCUACCUAAUAUAAACCUCGAUAACCCUCAAUUCCACACAAGAUGCGUGUCCCGAGUGUUUCGCUGCUGCUCGCGGCCGCCGGCACGCAGGUCGCAGCAGGGUCUACCGACUACUCUUAUACCACAACCACCGAGCUGGUCCCGACUAUGACAUCCUCUGGGGCAGUCGCAGCAGCAACCACCUUGCCUACAGGAGUAAGCCAUUCCGUAAUACAAUACCUCACGGAUGCCGCUGUCGUUACCAACAACCCACCCGGGCUUGCUUUCAAGGCGAGCUUGCCGGAUGAGGCAUUCUUUAAGCCUGCCUUCCCCGCCGGCGGCAACGUCAAAGGCGAUAUAAUUGCCCUCGCAGCUCCUGACGGGAGCGGCGUCUUGUUCCAAAUCAAGUUUAGCAAUCUCCCCAAAGAGGGUGGCCCCUUCAUUUAUCACCUUCACGUGGACCCGGUUCCGUCGAACGGAAACUGCACCGCGACGCUUGGCCAUCUGGAUCCCUUUGCCCGAGGCGAGACACCUGCCUGCGACGAGACUAAUCCCGCGUCGUGCCAGGUCGGCGACCUCAGCGGCAAGCACGGGAGCAUCCCCGCGGGUUGUGACACGUGGACGGGCUUGUACAUAGAUCCGUAUGUCACGACGCUGGAGGGCCUCGGCUCGUACUUUGGCAACCGCAGCUUUGUGUUCCACUACGCCAACAAGACGAGAAUCACUUGCGCCAGCUUCGAGCCGCUUGACAUCGGCGGCGGCGGCGGCGGCGGCUCCUCGUCUACGUCUUCGUCUUUGACUCUGUCUCCCCCGUAUUCCACGGUCUCUUCGGCACCUUCGUCUUCUGUUGGGGGCAACGCGACGAUUCCCCUCACAACUACAUUGCCCACUGGCCCGCCGAGUCCCAUCGCUACUGCUAGUGGCUCGAGUCUGAGAGUGGGAAGCGCAGGCGCACUUGCGUUUGCUGCCGCCAUCUUAUUCGCUCUUUGA